UACCGUAUUUGGUCGUUCUUCAAUCUUUAAUCUUUAGAAUAGUCCCUCUACCGUAAUUGACUAAUACUGUGGCUAGAUUUCUCAUUUAAUUGAUCUGGGGUGACUCUGACACUGGUAUUCUUUUUUUUUAAGUUCCCCUAAUAAAUAGAAAGUGCAUUUGGGUUAAGAACCACUGCUGUGGGGCAGAGGAGGUUGAGGGACACCAGGAAUGAUGCUCUUCGGAGACCGUCUUGGUUGAGUGGUGCUGGUUGAAACCAGGUGGGAGAGACAGUGGACCAGUGGCUUAGCGGAACCAAGUGAACACUCUAAUAAUAAAACACAUGCCUCCGGUGUGGAAAGCCCAGACCCUGCCCAGCGUGUGGUCAGAGGUAGAGAUGCAGAUGGGUGCCUCCUUCCCCAAGGAUUCACUGGGAACAAGAGCAGUGACCGCCGCAGUCCCUUCCACACUCUGCACGCCAGAGCCGAUGGGCAGUGUCGGGUGCUCCAAGCAAGGCAGACCCGCUAGCCCACACACACAGAUCAGGACGGAGUGAAGAUUUAAAACCACGUCCUGAAAAGCUGUUUUUAAAGGCUCGGAAGGUGUAGCCUGAAUGCAGGAAGUCUCACAGGGUACGUGACAGUGUCUCACGUUCAUUAAAUAGGCAUUUAGGACACACCCACUCUGGGGCUAGUGCUGUGCUUGGCUCUGGGAAUGCCAGGGGGGCAAAUGUCCUGGCAGUGUGCUGGGAAAACCAGCCCGUUCUGGGACCCUGAGGUGGGCUAGCACCUAGAAGAGAGGCCCGUGGCUGACGCUGGUGUGGUUGCGUGUUUAAGACCCGUGCUGAGCGUGACCGAGUCAGACUGCAGUUCUGUCCUAUUAGCGCUGCACCCCUAAAUGAGCUCCGAGGUGGGGCUCUGUCCUGGGCACUGGCGUGUGUAAGCGGAGCGCCUCAGGGCGACACAGGAACAGCCUCCUUUUAUUGCAGAAGUCCCGGAAAGGCACACUGCAGGAAGAAGUCUCAGGUAUUCACUGAGGUUCUUGGCAGAAGAAGAGUAGCGGACGCAAUGCUUCAUCGCCUCCCUGACACCAGGACUGUCUAGGGCUGCUUGUGAGGGGACAGACGUCUGAGAUCUGGCGGAGUCUUUGAUGUUCCCGUUGGGAAGCCUGAACCAGCGAGGUCACAUAAUUUCCUAAAGUCCCACAGCACAGAACAGAAGCCCUCGCGCUUGCUGGCCUGACUUCCGUCCUCGCUCGGUGAUGAGCAACAGUAGCAGCUCUGUUGCUGGUUGAAGGAGCUCUAGUGAGGAGCCCCAAGGGUCUGAUUCCACUGUGCCUUCUCCUCCUAGCUGCAGGCUUUCUUGCUGGUGUCCGACGACAUCAUGGACUCGUCCCUCACCCGACGGGGGCAGAUCUGCUGGUAUCAGAAGCCAGGCAUAGGUUUGGAUGCCGUCAAUGACGCUUUGCUUCUGGAAGCCUGCAUCUACCGCCUGCUGAAGCUCUGCUGUCGGGAGCAGCCCUAUUACCUGAGCCUGAUUGAGCUUUUCCUGCAGAGUUCCUAUCAGACGGAGAUUGGACAGACCCUGGACCUCAUCACAGCCCCCCAGGGCAAUGUGGAUCUUAGCAGAUUCACUGAAAAGAGGUACAAAUCUAUUGUCAAGUACAAGACCGCUUUCUACUCGUUCUAUCUUCCUGUGGCGGCUGCCAUGUACAUGGCGGGCAUCAGUGGGGAGAAGGAGCAUGCCAAUGCCAAGAAGAUCCUGCUGGAGAUGGGGGAGUUCUUUCAGAUUCAGGACGAUUACCUCGACCUCUUUGGGGACCCCAGUGUGACAGGCAAGAUUGGCACAGACAUCCAGGACAACAAAUGCAGCUGGCUGGUGGUUCAGUGUCUGCAGCGGGCCUCUCCGGAACAGCGUCAGCUCCUUCAGGUGCCCGGGAGGCCGCGGAUCGCCGAGCUCCCAGGAGACGGCCAGAGCAAGGACGUCAGCCGGGAGAAUUACGGGCAGAAGGAGGCGGAGAAGGUGGCCCGGGUGAAGGCGCUGUACGAGGACCUGGACCUGCCCGCCGUGUUCACGCAGUAUGAGGAGGACAGCUACCGCCACCUGAUGGGCCUCAUCGAGCAGUGCGCCUCGCCCCUGCCCCCCGCCAUCUUCCUGGCGCUGGCGCACAAGAUCUACAAGAGGAGAAAGUGACCUGGAGACUGCGUGGGCGGGGAGGGGGCCUCUCAAUAAAUUGUCGAAGCUC